GGAGGUGGGAUUUCGGGCGACAUUUUACUUUCUUCUUGGCUCUUUUCUGUGUUGCUUCAAAAUUUGACAACCAGCAGGUUUACUUUUACAGAGAUAAUAAAGCUCUUUUGUAGAGAGGAAGAAUUAUGUUGUUUUUGAGGUAGAGAGAUGUAUUUUCAAUAUUGUUAAGUGAAUAAAGCAAUUAUGGUAUAAUACUAUUAUUGUCUAUAUAUAACAACAACAACAAAAAAAGCAUCAAGCAAGUUUCCCCAGGGAUAUUUUGAAGAUCAAAGGAAAUAACGAUUCAGGAAGCCACAUCUAGACCUUCCAUGUUGAUGUCAUUAGCACUUCCAGUCCCUUCCUGUGAAACACAGGGACUGUGUGGACAUGUGUCCCUAGGUACAUUUUGGCCUUGAGGGCCUUUUGAGUCUCAAUAACGUGAAGAAAACAAGGCCACAAGGGAUGGACCCUGUAAAUGAAAAGGGUCGGUUCUGGCACUUGCUGCUCUCCAGGGGGCUCCCAAGCCACCCUCAGCAAGAUCUCUCCAGCAUCCCCUAGAGACAGCCAGCAAUCCAGGUCUGCACGUGGGAGAACCAGUCAUAAAUCCCCACUGGCACAUCUCUGAGCUCUAGGGGUAAGGAUGAAAAAAGCCAGAUGAAUCUUAAAACAGGAGCCUUUCCAGCAAUUAGGAAUCUCUUGGCUUUGUUCACGACCGUCGGAGAAGUUCUCUUGAGAAAGCUGGUGGGAGGCAAUCAAGGAAAAGCGGAAAGAGACACCUGCAAGAGGACUCCAAAACUGAAGCUCAUGGAUGGACGGUCUCUGCUCAACCACACUGACAUGCGCACCACAAUUGAGAACUGCACCCAGGUCACUUGGUUCUUCCUGCUGGGGCUCACAGACCAGGAAGGGCUCAAGGGCACCCUCUUCGUACUCUUCUUGCUCAUUUACUCAGUCACCCUCGUGGGCAACCUGGGCAUGAUUAUCCUGAUCCACAUGGAGCCACAGCUCCACACACCCAUGUACUUCUUCCUGAGCAUUCUCUCCUUCAUAGACGCCUCUUUAUCCACCACAGACACCCCCAGGCUGCUGGAGAACUUCAUCACCUCAGGCCAGUCCAUCUCCUUUGCUGGCUGUGUGGUCCAGAUGGCCCUCAUGCUUCUCCAAGGUACUGCUGAGUGUUUGCUCCUGGCCAUCAUGGCCUAUGAUCGAUUCGUCGCCAUCUGCCACCCUCUCCUCUACCACUCCAUCAUGUCCUAUCGUCUGCGUGUCCAGCUGGUGGCAGCCACCUACACAGCUUCUGUUGCCAGUUCAGCUUUGCUAACUGGGUGUGUCUUCAAGCUGCCCUACUGUGGCCCCAAUGUCAUUAAUCACUACUUCUGUGACAUCCCUGCUGUGCUUCAACUUGCUUGUGCAGACACUACUGAGGUUGAAGCCAUCAUCUCCUUAUCUUCUGCCCUGAUUUUCUUCUUUACCGUCACAAUCAUCCUGGUCUCCUAUGCCUACAUCCUGGUGACUAUCUGCAGAAUGCAUUCCCUGGAGGCUCAGAGCAAAGCUCUCUCCACCUGCACCUCCCACCUCACCAUCAUCUGCCUUUUGUAUGGCACACUCAUCUUCAUGUAUACUCAGCCAAGCUCACGCAAUUCCCUGGAACAGAACAAGGUUGUGUCUGUCUUCUACAGUGUGAUCAUCCCUAUGCUGAACCCUCUGAUCUACAGCCUGAGAAAUAAAGAUGUGAAGUCUGCUUUUAAAAGGAGAUACCUUGGCAAGCUACCUUCUUAACCAAGUGUGGUAGCCACAACACAAUGUAUGGAUAAUAUUAGCACAUAGAGUGAAAUAUGUGCCGGCAGUAUUUUAAAUGCUUUACACUUGUCAACACACUUAAUCUUCACAACCAUAUGAAAUGAGUGUUAUUAUUAUCCCUCAGGGAUCUGAGGCACAGAGAGGCUGAGUAACUGGCCCAAGAUCACACAGCUAGUCAGAGGCAGAGGCAGAAUGUGAAUCUAGGCAGCCUUGCUCCAGAGGCCAUGUUCUCAACAAAUAUACUGUAUUGCCUCUUUCUGAUGACUGCACCUCAAAAUAGACAAUGGGUACUGCUUUUCUUAAGUUCCUUAUAUCAGAUGGAAGAACUGGGUCAUGGAAGUAUAAAGAGGUAUGGGAGGGUCCAUGGGCUCUGGGGGACACACCUGAGUUCAUGCAGCCUCUGAGUGACCCUCUCUCUCAGUAUGUGUGUGACGUCAAGUCAAGGUACACAACCAGUGAUACCUUUUUUUAAAGAUUUUAUUUAUUUAUUUUUAGAGAGAGAGGAAGGGAAGGAGAGAGGG